AUGUCUGGAUUGCCCGAUGGCUUCUAUAUUAGAGAGAUUGAACUCCAAGAUUAUGAGGGUGUAAAAUUGACAUUGAAAAAUUUGACAGUGGUCGAACCCUUAACCAAGCAGAGUUUUGAAAAUGUGGUGACUUUCUGGAAGACACAACUGGUGAGAAACACUAUAAAAACCUACAAUGUGUACGUGAUUGUUCAUCUGGACAACGAGGGGCGCGAAGAUGGUAUAGCUGCCGUUGGAACCCUUUUCUUGGAACAGAAAUUGAUACACGGUGGCGGGCUUGUAGGCCACAUUGAGGAUAUUUCUGUCAGUGAGAAUUACCAGGGCAAGAGCUUGGGGAAACACCUUAUCGCGCAUCUCAGCAAUGUGGGUCGGGAUGCUGGUUGUUACAAAGUCAUUCUUGACUGUGCAGAAAAGAACAUUGGAUUUUAUGAGAAAUGUGGAUACAAGCGGGCAGCUAUCGAGAUGGAUAAAAGAUUUUAA